AGCGACAUGUCGAUCUUCUCCAGGCUCUCGCUGCUGCCGCCCCGGGCAGCCGCCGCGGAGAAGCCCAAGGGGGUCGCCCCGACACGGAACCCGUUCAUGGCCGAACUGAGAGGAGCCGCCGCUGCCGCCUCCCCCCCGACUGAGACAACGGCCGCCCACUCUGCGCAUGCGCGAAAGGAGCAUUGGAAAUUACUGGGCAAUUUGAAGACCACUGUAGAGGGAUUGGUGUCCAGCAACAACCCGAAUGUCUGGUCUAAAUAUGGUGGCUUGAAGCGGCUGUGCAGGGAUAUGCACAGCAUCCUCUAUCACGGGCUUAUCCACGAUAAGGUGUACUGCAGGCAGAAGGAUUACUGGCAGUUUGUGAAAGACAUCCGCCGACUGAGCGCCGCGCUCUGCUCACACGUGGAGAAGUUCAUCAGCCUGCACGAGAAUGGGCAGCCAAGUGCAGAUGGCGUAGGUGAUCAAGCCAUAGCGGAGCUAUGGCUACAGCACAGUCUGCAGUUCCACUGCCUCUCCGCACAGCUGAAGCCACUGCUUGAGAACAGACAGUACAUCAGGAAAUUCUACACAGAUGCUGCCUUCCUGCUCAGUGACGCCCACGUCAGCAUGUUACAGUGCCUGGAGGCCGUGGAGCAGAACAACCCCAGACUUCUGGCUCAGAUUGACACGUCCAUGUUUCUCAGAAGGAGCGAGGCCCCAUUGCCUGUGACGAAGAGUCAAAGCCUGACAGCCCUCCCUGGUUCUGUAUGUAUCCCUCCUAUGGACUACACACAGCACAGGUACUUUGGAUCCUUCUCCAGUCUGCACCAACCAGCCUCCACCAGCAUGUCAGACAGGAGACCAGCAAGCUCCUCCGUGAGCAGCAGCACGAGCCAGCCUCUGGAAAAUGCCCUGUACAAUGUAUCCCUCUUGCUGCCUGAGGACAGAUCCCUUCUGGGCCAACCUGGCCUCCCCCGGCUCAAUGCUUCCUCCCCCAGAGACGACUCCUCUUCAGUCAGCGAGAUGAGCACCAGCACCGUGACCAGCCAGAGCGAGGACCCCUGGGCGGGUAGCCAGGAUGACACCCAGAGCGAUGCCAAUGACGGGCCGGAGUAUCUGGCCAUUGGGAACCUGGGGCGGCGGGGCCGGGCCUGUAGCAACCAGAGCAGCGCCAGCAGUAGCACCACCAACAGCAACAAGAGCAGCAGUUCCAACCUGUUCUCAUCCAGCAGCUCCCAGAAGCCAGAGUCCGUCUCCUCCUUGGAAGACCAGGGUGCGAGCGGCGGCAGCCGGGGGAUGAGCCUCUUGCGCAGGUCCAGCUUUUCGGAGGGGCAGACAUCAACCUCCCAAGGGAUCCUUAAGAGAAGCCAUGCACGCUCGCACUCUGAUACCAACGUGGCCUCUGGGAAAACUCCUGGAGGUCUCAGGGAUAUCACCAUUAUAAUAGAAGAUCCAGUGGCAGAAUCCCAGGGUGACGCCUUGAGGGUGCCAGGUCAUGUCUCCGGCUCCACCCAGAGCAGCGAAGUGAGCACACCCAGCUCCCUCUACAUGGAAUACGAUGCUGGCCAGUACCUGAGUUCUGGGGAAGGGAUGUUCCGAAGACCCUCGGAAGGACAGUCCCUGAUCAGUUACCUGUCUGAGCAGGACUUCGGCAGCUGUGCAGACCUGGAGAAGGAAAACGCUCACUUUAGCAUCUGAUCGCUGAUUGCCGCCAUCGAGCUGAUGAAAUGCAACGUGAUGAACCGGCGGCUGGAGGAGGAGGAAGAGGGUGACAAGGAGAUCCAGGAGCUCAAGCAGAAGAUUCGCAUCCGGCGCCAGCAAAUCCGCACCAAACACGUGCUCCCUGCCUACCGGGAGGUGGGCUCCGAGAGCUUUGUGGCUACAGACAGUGAGUCCCAGUUCAGCUCCCGUGACUCCAUGUGGCUGUCUGACUCGGGCUCAGCGGAGGACGUGGAGGAGUAUGAGAUAAGAGAUGCGGACAUCAAGCGGGAUGCAGCGUCUAGGAAGUCUUUCCUCUCCUCGGAAUCCAUAUCCCACUCCUUCCUCCAUUCGAACUCAGCGGAGGCCGUGGCCAUGGGCCUGCCUGAAGCAGUUGAAGGGAUGCAGCUCCCAGCCCUUCUGAAUGGCUGGCUAGUCCCAGAGCAGGAUUCCCCCAGGAAGCUCCUGCCAAUUCCAGACUCUCUGCCCAUCUCGCCCGAUGACGGAGAGCACGCCGACAUCUACAAGCUCCGAAUCCGGGUCCGUGGAACCUGGAGUGCCCCCCCCCGGCCGCAGAUCAUCUUCAACAUUCACCCAGCCCCAACGAGGAAGGUGGCAGUGGCCAAGCAGAAUUACCGGUGUGCAGGCUGCGGCAUCCGGACAGACCCCGAUUACAUCAAACGGCUGCGGUACUGCGAGUCUGGCAAGUACUUCUGCCAGUGCUGCCACGAGAACACCCAGAUGGUCAUUCCCAGCCGCAUCCUGCGUAAGUGGGACUUCAGCAAGUACUAUGUCAGCAACUUCUCCAGGGACCUGCUGAGCAAGAUCUGGAGCGACCCGCUCUUCAGUGUGCAGGACCUCAACGCCGCUCUGUACCGGAAGGUGAAGGCGCUGAAUCAAGUCAGGCUGUUGAGAAUCCAGCUGUUACACUUGAAGAACAUGUUUAAGACCUGCCGACUAGCUAAAGAGCUCCUGGAUUCCUUCGACACAGUGCCAGGUCAUUUGACGGAGGAUCUCCACCUCUACUCCUUAAAUGACCUGAAUGCCACUAAGAAGGGGGAGCUGGUUCCCCGCCUGAUGGAGCUCAUAAAGGCAGGUACCCUGCACAUUGAGAGAUGCAUGCUGUGCCAAGCCAAAGGCUUCAUCUGUGAGUUCUGUCAAAAGGAGGAGGACAUCAUUCCCUUCGAACUGAACAAGUGCAGGGCGUGUGAAGAGUGCAAGGCCUGCUACCACAAGUCCUGCUUCAAAUCGGGCUGCUGCCCCCGGUGCGAGCGCCUGCACGCCAGGAGAGAGCUGCUGGCCAAGCAGAGCCUGGAGUCCUACAUCUCUGACUACGAGGAGGAGCUGCCAGAGGCAGUGGCCGCGACAUGAGUGGGGUGACGGAGGGGAAAGAGGAGACCAGUGGAUGUAUUUGUGUGCGUGGCCUUCAUCACCAGAGACUAAAUGAGGGACUAACCUGACUCUUUCACAUUAAAGGAGCCUGUGGGAGGGCUGAAUCGUGGAGAUCUCGGAGCAGCAUGACGGGAUCUGCUUGGUUUGCUUCAAGAGAGCCGGUUUCUGUGCACUCUACAUGGUGGUGUUGAGGACGGCGGACUCCGGACACUAAUUCUUGCAGUCGUGACCCUGCCGAGGUGGACACGCUGCUGCCUUUGUGCAGGGUCCGGCGGCGAGUCCUGUCUGUGCCACACUCCGAGCACAAUGAGCAUUCAUAUGCCUGUGUGCUCCCCCUGGCCCUUUAGGGAGGAGCUCAGCCAGAUGCUGUGUUAGCCAGGAGCUGUGCUGUCCUCCCUGAAGCAGGCUCUUGGGAAGCUUCCACUAGGUAGGAGGUGAAAGCUCCUGGCUAGCUCAGCUCUCCAGGGGGGAGUAACUGGAGUCCUGCUGCUGCCUAGGCUGGCUGCCUUGGGGCAGAAGAGAAGGGGCUUUUGCCAAGUUCUCUGCCUAUAACACGCCAUAUCCUUUGCUGCUGACAUGAUCUUUUUAACUGGCCCUUCUUCAGAACUGAUAUGACUUGAUUUGGGGGCUGGGGGAAGAAACAGCAACAAACAGCGCCUUGUCCUCUGCCUGACGGGAGCCAUCAUGAACUGCGGAUACCCGCUGGGCUGGCAGAUCAGGCUGGAGCAUGUGGACUGUAUGUGACAAAGGAAUUGAUCUGAUUUUUCCCUUAGACCCGGCCCUGCUUUAGCUGCAUGCAGGCUCAGGGAGAGAUCUCUGCGAGUCGCUGGCGGGAGCAGCCAGUCUCUGCUAUUGCUGUUCGGUUCCUCAGACUGUGCCUGCUGCCGACGGAACUCCCACCUGCUGGGUGAAGGGUCGGACUUGUCGGCCCAGAGGCGUGACUGCCGCCUUUCCUGCAACACUAGGUGCUGGGAGAUCGCCCUGUGCGAUGCUCUGGCACUGGCAGCAGGUGAACAAGGGGCUUCCGCAUUCUGGCCCAGAAGGCGGGGAGGCCACAGACAGUGAGAGAGCUGCAUGCCCAGCACGGGGAGAGGAAAUGCCUUAGCUGAGCCGGAGGAAGCAGGUGGUCUGAAGCCGGCUUCUCUCUGCUGACCUUGCAGGAGAUGGGCUGCCAAGUGCUGCUGUUACCCUGGACUGGGGGCUGUGUUUGCAUGUGUCUGUCUGCCGGGGUAGGGGGGCUGGGCAGUUACUCUUAGAUCCAAGAGCAAGGAUCAGUUUGAACAGAGCCAGAGCUCAAUCCCCUGGGGUGCCAGGCGGAGUGGGGGCUCCUGCACCAGGCCCAGUGGGGAACCUGUCCGCCAGCACCUGAGAGCAGGUGGUGUGUGCCGUGGUGCUGCCCCCGCCCUGUAGCAUUGAACGCUCAGCUUGCCUUGUGGCGCUGUGAGAACCCCAUCCUCGCCCGUGGCCCAUGAGGUGUAGCCAGGCGACUUAGCUAGACGCAAACUUCUGGGACCGCUGGAGACCUGUAGGAGCACAGGCCUGGAUCUCUGCCUUGUGCUGGGCACUCAGGUGACUCCACGUGACACUCACCCCCCACUAUUUCGGAGCUUGAUGAAGCCACAGUCAGUCUCAGUGGAGCCUUUCUCCCAUCCAUGCUGCACCCUUGGUGUAGUGUGUCCUCCCUCCAGUGGAUUCUGGCCAGGCCUGUUCAAGACCCUAGCGUUGGUGUGUCGGACCUGCCAGUUCGUGCUGGGCUCCCCUGAUCCUGUGUGACCGCAGGCUGUUCUGUGACAUGCACCUUUCACCUCCCGCUAGCAGUCCAGUACCUGCUGGAUCAAAGGCUUGGGGAGGCAGACAGAGCAGCAGCUGAGCAGGCCCCAUGCUUCAGCCAGCUCCCUUGGCUUUGGGAUGAGAGCUGCACUUCAUCUCCCUGGAUCAGGCGCCCUUGGGAGUGACCGCGUAAUGAGCGUCUCUAGCAGGACGGCCAAUAUCCUUGUAAAGGAGCUGCUCCCGAGCGCCCUGGCCUUGUGAUGCAGAGCACCACGAUGUCAGGAGAUUAGCCCAGUCCAGAACUUCUCCCCAGGACCUCACGCUCCUCAGUCACUGCCUAAACCGCUUGCUGUGUGUUUGUGUGGAGGGAUGUGGUCGUCCACAGUGCCCACUGGCUGCCCCCGGCCCAGCGUUCCUCAGAGCUGGUAUCAGAUCAGUCCCCAGAGCAGGAGUAAAGCUGUUGAAUUGCCAUCCGGAGUCCCCACCGAGCUGGUGCCCCAGGUCAGCUCCGCUUCUCGGUGUAUCAUCUCCGUUGGGCUGAUCUCUGUGUACGCAGUGGUGUUUUAAGUUGCUCUUUUUUAAAGGCAAUUGCUCCUGUCUUUUUAACAAGCUGCUUUCAUUUGAGUUGGUCACUUGGGGCCAGAUUUUAAAGCUAUUUAGGUGCCUAACUCACGUUGAUUUCAAUAGGAGCACAGCAGUGCACAUCUUUAAAUAUCUGGCCCUUAGUGUCCAUCGCCAGCAGCACAGGAGGCCUGGCAUGGACAAAUUGCACUCCUCCGGCCCUUCAUGCUAGCUCCGUCUGAGGAAAGCUCCUGGCACCCAGCUGAGCCUGGGCAGAGCCCUGUGGCAUGGCACAGAUGGGCAGCGUACUGGUAGUUGGUGUGAUUUGGGGGAGUGUCCAGAGAGUCUAUAAUGCUACUCGCAGGUUCCUUUUUCAAUACGGAGAUGCAGCCUGUAGCGACUCCCCGUUGGGGUAUCCAGUGCUCCCUCGGGGCUGCACGCGGCGAGCGGCCGUUGGGGCUUGUGCUCUCUGCAGGUAGCGGCUGAUCUUGGCUCCGGUUUAUGGAGGAUGGGCGUGUCAUGGGCACGUUUCCAGCGCGGCCAUUGGCUGGGCGCUCCAUGCAGUCGUGUACAUCGAAAGGCGCUGUUUGACUCGUGUACGUGUGAGAGGUGGGGUGUGGUGUAUUGCCUGGAAGUGGGGGUGAUGGUGGCGACUCCCCCUCAGCUCCUGCCCUGAUUAGUGGCUGGCACUUCAGGCCAAGUGCAGGGCGGUGACGGGGUUCUAGCCUCUCGUGGACCUGGCCCCGUUCUCAGGGGUGGCUCCAGGUAUUUUGCCACCCCAAGAACGGCAGGCAGGCGGCCUUCGGCAGCUUCCCUGCGGGAGGUCCCUGGUCCCUCGGAUUCGGUGGCUUGCCUGCGGGAGGUCCACUGAAGCUGCGG